CAACAAGACUUUGAGAAAUCGGCAAUUAGCAAUAGUGAAUAUGCAUUUGACUCUUCAAACCUCAUUGAAGAUGCAAAAUUUAUUUAUAAUGGAACAUCCCUAACGAUUAAGAAGAAUUGGCGUUUUCGCUUUACUAAUAG